CUAAUUUUGUCUUCCUCCCGCCUCAGCCUUCGUUUGUUGUUGUUUCGCGCGCCAUUUUCUCGGCGGCGGAGCGGGGCCUGAGGAGGCCAUGGCGCCGCUGCUAGGCCGCAAGCCUUUCCCGUUGGCCAAGCCGCUCUCGCCAACCCCGGGGGAGCCGCCCGAGGAGCGCUUCGUCGUGGCCCACACCCGGGAGGCCUUCCGCUCCAGAGAAGAGUAUGAGGCCCGGCUCGAGAAGUACAACCAGCGGAUAUGGACCUGCAAAAGCACUGGCAGCAGCCAGCUGACCCACAAAGAAGCCUGGGAGGAGGAGCAGGAAGUAGCGGAGCUCUUGAAGGAAGAAUUCCCCAUCUGGUACGAGAAGCUGGUCCUGGAGAUGGUCCACCACAACACCAUCUCCUUGGAGAAACUCGUCGACUCUUCCUGGUUGGAGAUCAUGACUAAGUUUGCGGUGGGAGAAGAGUGCGACUUUGAAGUGGGGAAAGAGAAGCUGCUGCGGGUGAAGGUGCUAACCGUCCAUCCGCUGGAGCAGCCUAUGGAAGAGGAAGCCGCGGCGGCAGCUGCCGCCGAGAAGAAGGCAGAAGGGGCCUGUGACUCCCCCUCCAGCGACAAGGAGAAUUCGGGCCAGGCCUUGCAGGACCUCCAGAAGGAGCCGGCCCUCAAGGAGGAGGACAGCAGGAGGGAGAGCCUGAACGACCGGGCACGCCGAUCCCCUCGGAAGCUCCCGACUUCGCUGAAGAAAGACGAGAGGAAGUGGGUCCCUCCCAAGUUACUGCCCCACAAAUACGAUGUUAAGCUGCAAAACGAAGACAAGAUCAUCAGCAAUGUCCCAGCCGAGAGCCUGGUGCGCACCGAGCGGCCACCCAACAAGGAGAUCCUGCGCUACUUCAUCCGCCACAACGCACUACGGGCCGGGAUGGGUGAGAACGCCCCCUGGGUGGUGGAGGAUGAUCUGGUCAAGAAGUACAGCCUCCCCAGCAAGUUCAGCGACUUCUUGCUUGACCCCUAUAAGUAUUUGACGCUCAACCCUUCGACAAAGCGGAAGAGUGCCUCGUCGUCUGACCGGAAGCCCUCCAAGAAGCCCAAGCCGGGCGACGGCACUUCUCCAGGGCAAGGCCUGAGCCCUUCACUGUGGUGCAGCGUCUCCUUGAAGAAAUCCGCGGGGACACCGCUGAAGCUCAAGAACGCCAAGGCCCCCAAGACCCCUGCUGAGGAGUUGGAGGAAGUGAUGCGCCUGGUGUCAACCGGGAAGCUGGGCCCUGGGAGCGUGACUCGGAAGCGGCUGGGCAAGUCCCAGAAAGGCAAGCGACUCCUGAACGGGCAGAAAGCAGGCGGGAGGUCGCCCCGAAAGGAUGCCUCCUCCUCCAAGACAAAGCUGAAGCAGAUGACGUUGCUGGACAUGGCCACCAAAGGCACGCCAGGCAAGGUCUCUUCCUCAUCGCGGGGCAUGAGGAGUUCGGGCUCGGCCAGCAAACCCUCCAAGCGCCUCCCACCAGCCGCCCUGCACCUCAUCGCCUACUACAGGGAGAACAAGAACCGCGAGGACCGCAAGAGCGCCCUCUCCUGUAUCAUAUCCAAGGCCGCCCGGCUGCUCUCCAGCGAGGAUCGGGCCCGGCUCCCCGAGGAGGUUCGUUGCCUGGUGCAGAAGCGCUAUGAACUCCUCGAGCACCGCAAGAACUGGGCCUCCAUGAGCGAGGAGCAGCGCCAGGAGUUCCUGGCAGAGAAGCGGGAGAAGCUGAAGGAGAAACUGAAGGCCAAAGCUCGGGAGCGGCGAGAGCGGGAGACACGAGAGCGGCUGGAGAAGCAGCGGCGCUUUGAGGACCAGGGCCUCCCGGGGGCACCACUGCCAGCCUUCCGGCUGGUGGACACUCCUGAGGGCCUGCCCAACGCGCUCUUCGGGGACGUGGCCAUGGUGACCGAGUUCCUCAGCUGCUACUCAGGGCUGCUGAUGCCGGACGCCCAAUACCCAAUCACGGCUGCCUCGCUCAUGGAGGCCCUCUGUGCCGAGAAGGGCGGCUUCCUCUACCUGAACCGCAUCCUGGUUGUCCUCCUCCAAACGCUGCUCCAGGACGAGAUUGCCGAGGACUAUCUGGAGCUAGGGAUGAAGCUUUCUGAGAUCCCUCUCACCUUGCACUCUGCCUCGGAGCUGGUGCGCCUCUGCCUGCGUAAGUCGGACGCCCAGGAGGAAAGUGAGGCCUUUGAGAACCACAACAACGCCUCCAACGCCCCAGAGGAGGGCUCGGCCCCAGCCUUCGAGGAUGACGAGGUGCGGGAUGAGUUCCUGGAGAAGCUGGAGGCUGCCGAGUUCUUUGAGCUGAGCUGCGAGGAGAAGCUGCAGAUCCUGGUGGCCCUCUCCCACCGCAUCCUGAUGACCUACUCGGUGCAGGACUACGUGGAGGCCAAGCAGCAGGCCUCGGCCGAGCUCUGGAAGGAGCGGCUGGCCGUGCUCAAGGAGGAGAAUGACAAGAAGCGGGCUGCCAAGCAGAAGCGCAAGGAGAUGGGUGCCACCUCCACUGCUGCCCAGGGCAAGGAAGAGGGCAGCGGCAGCCUGGGCAAGAAGAAGGUGGUGGCUGAGGAGGGCAAGGUGGCCAAAGCUGAGCCCAGGCCCACCGAGCCCGAGGACAUGAUCAGCACUGUCAAGAGCCGGCGGCUGCAAGCCAUCCAGGCCAAGAAGGAGCGGGAGCAGCAGGAGAUGCAGAUGAAGGUGAAACUGGAGCGUGAGGCGGAAGAGGAGCGGGUCCGCAAACACAAGGCUGCGGCCGAGAAGGCCUUCCAGGAUGGCAUCGCCAAGGCCAGGCUGGUCAUGCGAAGGACGCCCAUUGGCACCGACCGUAACCACAACCGGUAUUGGCUGUUCUCUGACGAGGCUCCCGGCCUCUUCAUUGAGAAAGGUUGGGUGCAUGAUGGGAUUGACUAUUGCUUUACGCCUCCUAAGGAGGAAGAAGAAGAAGACGAUGAAGAGGAGGAGGAGGAAGAAGAAGAGGAAGACUACCAGCAAGGUUCCCGACGGGAGGCAUUGACGAAUGUCCCACAUGGCAUCCUGCUGGUCCCAGAGAUCCCUGUGGAGACCACGGUGCCCAAACAGGGGCAAAACCUCUGGUUCCUGUGCGAUAGCCAAAAGGAGCUGGACGAACUUCUGUGCCGCUUGCACCCGCAGGGCAUCCGGGAGAGCCAGUUGCAGGAGCGGCUGCAGAAGCGAUACUCAGACAUUGUGCACUCCAUCCACUUGGCCCGGAAGCAGAAUCUGGGCCUCAAGGCGUGCGACGGCCACCAAGAGCUGCUGAACUUCCUGCGCAGCGACCUCAUCGAAGUGGCCACCCGGCUGCAGAAGGGGGGCCUGGGCUACGUGGGAGAGGGGGAGUUCGAGGACAGGGUGAGCUCGCUGGAGAGCCUGCGGGACUUUGGGGAGUGCGUGGUGGCCCUCCAGGCCAGCGUCAUCAAGAAGUUCCUGCAGGGCUUCAUGGCCCCCAAGCAGAAGCGGAGGAAGCCCGCGGGGGAGGACGCCCUGGCCACAGCUGCAGCCGCUUCCGCCGUCAAGACCGAGGAGGUGGACGAGGAGAAGCGCAUGGCUGAGGAAGCCAAGGUGGCGUCGGCGGUGGAGAAGUGGAAGGGGGCCAUCCGUGAGGCGCAGACCUUCUCCCGGAUGCACGUCUUGCUGGGGAUGCUGGACGCCUGCAUCAAGUGGGACAUGUCGGCCGAGAACGCCCGCUGCAAGGUCUGCCGCAAGAAAGGCGAAGAUGACAAACUCAUCCUGUGCGACGAGUGCAACAAGGCCUUCCACCUUUUCUGCCUGAGGCCUGCCCUCUACGAGAUCCCAGAAGGGGAGUGGCAGUGCCCAGCCUGCCAGCCCUCUGUCGCUCGGCGCAGCUCCCGCGGCAGGAACUACGCCGAAGAUUCUGUGGAAGAGGAGAGUGAGGCUGGCGAGGAGGAAGAGGAGGAAGACGAGGAAGAAGAAGAGGAGGAGGAGGAGGAAGAGGAGGACUAUGAAGUUGCUGGCUUGAAACUGCGGCCCCGCAGAGCAGCCAAGGGCAAGCAGGGGGGCCCGGCUGCCGACCCCCCCAGGCGAGGGCGCCACCAAGGCAGGAAGCGGGCAUCCAAUGCCCCACGGGCCUCGCGACAACAACAGCAAGCAGCUGCCUCCAUCAUUGACACGGACAUCGAUGAGCUGGUACUUCAGACCAAGAAGGUUUCCCGACGCCAGAGCCUGGAGCUGCAGAAGUGCGAGGAGAUCCUCAACAAGCUGAUCAAGUACCGCUUCAGCUGGCCCUUCAGGGAGCCGGUGACCACAGAAGAAGCGGAGGACUACUUUGAGGUUAUUGCUAGCCCCAUGGACUUCCAGACCAUGCAGAGCAAGUGCUCCUGUGGCAGCUACACGUCAGUGGGGGACUUCCUGGCCGACCUCAAGCGGGUCUUCUCCAACGCUGAGGCCUACAACCGCAACGGCAGCCCCAUCCUGGCCUGCCUGGAGAAGACGGAGCAGUGCCUGGCCGACAUGCUGCGCAAGCACCUCCCGGGGCACUCCUACUCCCGGCGGAGGCGCAAGGCCGGCCCCAACGGACUCCCGGGCGCCGGGGAGGAGCAAGCCCACGCCGUUGACAGCGACCCCGAGGCUGGGGAGCACUUGCGCGGGAGGAAGAGGAAGAAAUGAGGAGCAGGCGGGAGCCACACCAAGGAAGGCCCUGCUCCAAAGUGCUUGGCCCCGGGGAAGACGCCAAGCGGUUCCGUAUUUAUACGCUGGGCAAGCACUUAACCCUGCCAGGGCCAUCACCAGCAUCUCUACGUAUGUUUUGGAGGGGCCUCCCCUCCCUUCUCUUUUAUCAGGAAGCCCCCUUCUUUAUUCCACUCUUCUCUCCCCCUUUUUUCCCUUCUUUUCGCCGCCAUUCGUAUACAGAACAAAAAAAAUAACACCCUUUUAAGAUAAAAAACCAUCGUCUCGUACGUACUGUACAGUUUCUAAUGGGGAAAACGUGUUGGCUUUCUAAGAACUGUCUCUUAGACACACCCCAUGUUUCUUGGUCAACCCGUCGCUCCCUUUUUGUAGUCUCUGGACACACACAAGCGCGCACUCUGUGCAUCUUUCGGGCCCGUUUUAGUCCCCCUGCUUUUCUCAAGACGGAUGUUUCUUCUAAUGGGCAACUUCGACGACACAAUAGGACUUAUUCUUUUUUAAAAUGGGUUGUUUUUGUGGGGGGAGGGAGGGAGGCGGGUUCUGCUAAGGGCUGUACUUGUAAUAAAUCAGAAAUACCAAAAAAAGAGAGAUACAUA